UAAUAGGUUAUGGUGUAAACAUCUAAAAACACCCACUUUAACGCUUUGCGUUUUCCCAACAUAUGGUGGUUCCGAAGCCCAUGUUUCCCUUUACUUUACCGAGACUUUUUUAUAAUCAUUAUUUCAUGUCCGGGGGUGUGGAGGGGUGGGAGACGCUCUCAGCAGCUUCCCAACCAUCAAGGAGAAAGCUUAGCGUGACAUAAGAGCUGUUACCCCCUCCUACGCUCCAGCUGCCGAUUGGUUUUACGCAGGUUUCUGGCUAAUAUUUAAUACCGCAAACCGUGGUCGUCUCAUUUAUCAAGACUGGAUCUUAGCGCAGGAGCCAUCCGUAACUCGGUCCACUCCGCACCAGGGCGCACGCAGCUGACGACCUUACCAAAGUAUCUGUUAGAGACAAAACAGGUGCUGCUGAGAAAAUGAGACGAGGUGUGCUUCUGGUGACUUUGUUCCUCAUCAUGAAACUUCGCGCCAGCCAUUCCAGAUGCGAGGAUACCGGAUUGCGCAGACCCUCCUCAGAAGUAGGUUUUCCUGAAGCGCUUAAAACUAUAAGACUGGAAGACGUGAAGCGGAACAUCCUGAGGAGAUACACAGACUUGGAUUAUGACAGCUUUGUGGGGUUGAUGGGCAAAAGAAAUGCUGAGGAAGAUGUGGAAUCGCCUCAAAAAAGGGAAAUGGAUGACUUAUUUGUUGGUCUAAUGGGAAGAAGAAGCUCAGACUCUGAUAAUAGUCCCUGGAGGAGAGAGUAUCCAGAUCGGAGAGGAAUUUUUCUCAACAAGUCCAGGCUGAGGUUACUUCAGGGGCUGUAAACGUUCAGCUAACCAUUUAUCAGUUUGGCUUAACGACAGAAAAUCACAAAGGAUCACAAAAAGCCAACAAGUCUAAUGGAAAGUGGCCGGUUAAUGAAAGUAAACCAUAAACCAAGCAGAUUGUAACUGUUUGUGAAAGACAAAGAAUAAUUACAAUUUCUAAUUUCAGUUUCUUUAUUGUUAUCUUCUGUUUGUUCAAAGUUGAAAAUAAAAAUAAUUUUUAUAUAUUUCG